ACUAGAGAAGCUACAGGCGACAUCACCAACACACAAGCACCUCAUCUGCCCAUCACAUCUUCCCAGUUCACCGGCCGUUUGCGAGAUGAAGCCCGGCAGCGAGGCACCCGGUGCCCCCUCCGCCUGGUCCUCGGGCCUCUUCGACUGCUUCGACGACUGCGGCCUCUGUUGCCUGACUUGCUGGUGCCCCUGCAUCACGUUCGGGAAGGUGUCGGAGAUCGUGGACAGGGGCUCGACGUCGUGCGGCACCGGCGGGGCGCUCUACUCGCUAUUGGCGUGCUUCACGGGGUGCCACUGGAUCUACUCGUGCACAUACCGCUCCAAGAUGCGCGCCCAGUACGCGCUCCCGGACGCGCCCUGCUGCGACUGCUGCGUCCACUACUGCUGCGAGCCCUGCGCGCUCGUCCAGGAGUACAAGGAGCUCAAGGCCCGCGGCUACGACCCCGACAUCGGCUGGCAGCUCAACGUGGAGCGCGGCAACGGCGGCGCCGGUACUGGCGGCGUCAACCCGCCCGGCAUGCAGGAGAUGGGCCGCUAGCUCGUCAAACUCUCUGCCCUACGUGUCAAUGGAGGUUCCAUGGAGCAUGUGUUAUUUCGUGCUUGGUAAAUUGUCGCAUAGUAGUUUGCAAGGUUUAUUUAUUUUGGAAACAAAAUAAUUUCGGAACUCACUGAAAUAUGCGAAGUUUCUAGUACACACUUCAUCCUAUCUGAUCUGACAAGUUCAGAUCCGUGUGUAUCUUUUUCAUAUCUAUGCACUUUUUAUGCUUCAACAAAAUUGAUAAUUUGUAUGGAACUGGCUUUGUAUAUAUCGAAUCACUGGUAGGACCUUUGAUUCCUUGGACUAA